GUCGUUUGUCUCCGCUGCCGGAGAAGUGCUGAAAACGCUGGGAGAGACCAUGGCCGGUGUCCGUGCAGCGUCCCGGCUCCUUUCCAAAAGGAUACUAUCAUCUAAAACUAAAACAGUCCCUGCUGCUGUAAUCCAAGGUUCCAGGGAUUUUCACUUCUCCAUCUACGGAAAGAAGAACAAUGCCAAAGUGUCCGAUAAUAUCUCUACCCAGUACCCAGUUGUGGAUCAUGAGUUCGACGCUGUGGUUGUGGGAGCUGGGGGUGCCGGACUUAGAGCAGCUUUCGGCCUGUCGGAGGCCGGUUUCAACACGGCAUGUGUCACCAAGCUCUUCCCCACCAGGUCUCACACUGUUGCGGCACAGGGUGGAAUCAAUGCAGCCUUGGGGAACAUGGAAGGAGAUGAUUGGAGGUGGCAUUUCUAUGACACAGUGAAGGGAUCUGAUUGGCUGGGUGACCAGGAUGCCAUCCACUACAUGACAGAGCAGGCCCCUGCAGCUGUAGUUGAGCUGGAGAACUUUGGAAUGCCGUUUAGCCGUACUGAAGAUGGGAAAAUCUACCAGAGGGCUUUUGGAGGUCAGAGUUUGAAGUAUGGUAAAGGUGGCCAGGCUCAUAGAUGCUGCUGUGUGGCAGACAGAACAGGACACUCCCUACUGCACACACUCUAUGGACGGUCGCUGCGUUAUGACACCAGUUACUUUGUGGAGUACUUUGCCCUGGACCUGCUGAUGGAAGAUGGGGAAUGUAAAGGAGUGAUAGCUCUCUGCAUGGAGGAUGGCUCAAUCCACCGCUUCAGAGCAAAAAAUACUGUUAUUGCUACUGGGGGCUAUGGGCGUGCCUAUUUUAGCUGUACAUCUGCCCACACCAGUACAGGAGACGGUAAUGCCAUGGUGACCAGAGCUGGCCUGCCCUGUCAGGAUCUCGAGUUUGUACAGUUUCACCCAACUGGUAUCUAUGGGGCUGGCUGCCUGAUCACAGAGGGAUGCCGUGGUGAGGGUGGAAUCUUGAUCAACAGUGAGGGAGAGCGCUUCAUGGAGCGCUAUGCACCGAAUGCCAAGGACCUGGCCUCCAGAGACGUAGUGUCCCGCUCCAUGACCAUAGAGAUUAGAGAGGGAAGGGGUGUGGGUCCAGAGAAGGACCAUGUGUACCUACAGCUGCACCACCUGCCUCCCCAGCAGCUGGCCACCAGGCUGCCUGGUAUCUCCGAGACGGCCAUGAUCUUCGCUGGGGUCGACGUCACUAAAGAGCCAAUCCCUGUCCUGCCCACUGUCCAUUACAACAUGGGUGGAAUACCCACCAACUACAAGGGACAGGCGAUCACUCAUGUCAAUGGAAGCGACAAGGUGGUGCCAGGCCUGUAUGCUUGUGGUGAGGCAGCCUGUGCUAGUGUCCACGGGGCCAACCGCCUGGGUGCUAACUCCCUCCUGGACUUAGUGGUGUUUGGAAGAGCCUGUGCCCUCACCAUCGCUGAGGAGAACAAACCAGGAGAGAACUUGUCCCCUCUGAAACCCAGUGCAGGAGAGGAGUCUGUGGCCAAUCUGGAUAAACUGAGGUUUGCCAAUGGAAGUAUGAGGACCUCUGAGAUCAGGCUCAAUAUGCAGAAGACAAUGCAGAGCCAUGCCGCGGUGUUCCGUACCGGCUCUGUUCUGAAAGAGGGCUGUGAUCAAAUGGAUGCCAUCUACCAGACCUUGGAGAAUAUCAAGACCUUUGAUAGAGGCAUCGUGUGGAACACAGACCUGGUGGAGUCACUGGAGCUUCAAAACCUGAUGCUGAAUGCUGUCCAGACUAUCCAGUCUGCUGAGCAGCGAAAGGAAAGCAGGGGAGCUCAUGCCAGGGAGGACUUCAAGAACCGUAUCGAUGAAUAUGACUACUCCAAGCCCCUGCAGGGCCAGGAGAAGAAGCCCUUCGAACAGCACUGGAGGAAACACACAAUGUCUUCCGUAGACCCCAAGACUGGCAAGGUGACCUUGGAAUACCGCCCUGUGAUUGACAGCUCUCUGGAUGAACAGGAUUGUGCCCACAUCCCUCCUGCCAUCCGUUCUUACUAAGAAAGACCCCCUCCCCCCAAAAUGGUCUCUCUGCGCUCCAUUCCUCCCCUUUCUUCGUCUCUUGUCCCCUUCAAUCCAUGAUACUUUACCAUUGAUAUGAUACCAUUUCAUCCUGCACAUCUGCAAGCGUUUCCAUAGUAGUGCUGCUUUGUAGAUCAUUUCAAUUUUAGAUUCUCAUCCCACUGCAGGAUGAAAAUAGUUCCAGCCAGUAUACAUUAUUAUAAUAUAUCCAAAUCUUCAGACCUCAUCUCCUCCUUUUAUACCUCUAUUACCCUCUUCCAUCUAUGAAUUGCCUUGAUUUAAAUUGUUCAUAGCAACUAAAAUGCCAUCACAGUUGUUACCUCUCGAUUCAUUUGCUGCAUUGUGUACAUAGUGAUUGUGUGUUCCAGACAACUUGGAACGGAAACAUGGAAGACACUCAACCUUAACUGCAAAAUAAAAAGAGAGCAGGUCCCUUGUGGGCCAUUGCACACACGUUAAGUUCAGUGAAUUUGGUUGACACUUCCUUUAUCAUGUAAACUUCCCAGGUCUAUAUUACAUUGAUUACAUCUUCAUAAUUAUAAACACUUUUUUGAGAGAUAAUAGUGGAGAUUAAGAACAUAUGAUUUGUUUUUUGAAUUGUGCAGAUCGUAGUCAGGCCACAGGAGGAAGAAUUGUUUGACAAAUAUGUAAAUAUUGGUUUAAUGUACAAUAAACAUUAUUAACUGUUAGUGUUUGAGGUAGUUUUCACUCCAUAGCCUCACAUUCACCAUAGCCUUAGUGAUGCAGACCACAUGCAGCAAAAAUAAACAAAAUAUGUGAAUUGUUUGUUGUUGCAUAGUGCAGUAAAGGAUAUCAUCCAUUUCUAGGUUAUGCUCGGUAGAUGUGCUCCCAGUAUAAAAGCUGUUUGAAUGCUUUCACUGUAAAUGCCAAAAAGCUCAAAGGCAGCUGGAUGAACAUAGUACAUCCCAGAGAUUAGAUCUGCUGUGUCAUCACAAUUUACAAGUUAGCGGAGACUUAUUGUGGCAGUGUGUCAUUUUUACUCUCCUUCCAUGAAAUAGAAGCAUGAAGGAUCAUCUGGCUGUGAUGGACACCAUGCCAUCGGCGUUACCAUGCCCACCGGGUUGCAGAUAAAUGUGCUCAACGAAGUUCAAUAGAAUUCCACGCAGUGUCAAGUGCAAGUUACCCACGUUGUUUCACUAAAACAUUGUUGUGUUGGUUAUCAGACUGUAAUUAGUUCAACGUUUUGGUCCCUGUUGUUGCACUUUACUGAAGUACCCAAUAAACAUUUGCCAUUCGAUGUAUUUAAAGGAGCGGACGAUGGAAACAAUGUCUACAUGGGUGAAUUUUUUUUCAAAAUGUGUAGAAACUAAUUUCAGUAUGCUGAAAUAAAGUGUUUCUUGUGUGUAAUUCAAACCGAUAGUUUUGAGUUCCCGUAAACUUUUCCAUUUCAUCCUGCAAAAUUGAUCAUUAGGGGGCAGCAGAGGCCCGCCGGUACACCGAGACCUUA